CAAAAUCGAGUCAAUAAGCGGAUUGAAGAAAACAUUGAUGCGUGGCGUAGCAAGCUAGCAAAAACAGAAGGCAUACGCGAAGGUGUGGCGAAUAUUAGGGACUGGCUAAAUGAGGAAAAAAGGCGACAGGCCGAGCCGAUCCCACUGCCUCUUCACGUCAACAAACUUGUUGAUUUGAAGCAACAAAAUGAGUUGAAACUGCGGGACUUAUCGUCACGUCAAAAAGUGCUGGCUGAGUUGCAAACUGAAGCGAAAAAGAUAGCGGCUGCAAAUCCGGAUUCAGUAGCCAGUCGGCAGGUUCUCGAUGAUUGUGAUGAUGCCCAAAAAACUUUCACAACUUUACUCGCAACAUCAAAGGCUUAUGGUGAAAAUAUCACUGAACUGACUGCGGCUCUGAGCAACUUCUACGACAGCGAGAAAUCUGUUAACGAAAAAUUGACAUCGCUGGAUGAGAAGCUCUCACAUACUUCACUGGGCGAUGUCACAGUACUGAAUGAAAGUCUACAAGAACUGACGCAAAUGAAGAAUGAUGAUUUGGUGAAACUGCACCAGAAGUGUAACUGGAUUUUGGCCGUGCCGGAUGUGCAAGUUGGUGCUAAUGGCCUGAUUUGUCUGAAGGCAAAUUUCACUAACACUCAAGAUGAAGAGACUGAUAUAAUCGACUCAUUGGACACUAAAUUUAGCACUAUUGCGAAAAGUGGCAGUGCUAUUGAAAAGCUAAAAACAACAGUCGGAGAGCUUAUCACUCACGGACGCGAAAUUGAGGAGCAACAGAAAGCAUACGAUGAAUUAAAAAAUAAACUGGUUGCCAGUCUGGAAGAUACUGAAACCAAAGCUCAAGUUUUGGAGAAGUGUACGCUAAAUCCAGUGGAAUUAGCGAAGCAGCGUUCGACAUGCCAACAACUGCAGUCGGUUCAUCAAAACUGUGCAGCACGGUUGGAAAAAUUGAACGAAAUCAGUUCAAAGUUGGUCGAAUUGGAAGCGGUUGCAAGAUUGAAAAUGAAAGGAAGUGGUGCCGGUCAACUGGAACAAACUCAGGCGACUGCUGUACGCGAUAUUUCUUCGUUGCAACAAAGGCACGACGCUCUCGGCUCAUUACUGAGAUCAAGGGGCGAAAAAAUUAGUGCCGACAGUGAGAGCUUAUCGGACUGGGACCUAAAACGAGACGGUCUGGCACGUUGGAUCAAUAGCGAGAUCAAAAGAUUGGCUAAAGAGUGCCCAACAACAUUAGACAGUCAAGUUAUUGAAGCAAAUAUCGCCAAAGCGAUUCGUUUGGAAGAAAUUCUUGCAAGGGAGAAACAGCCAGAAAUCGAGGAAAUUCGGCUGAAAGCACGCCCGCUGAUGAGUGAUCCAACGAUUCCAGGCACAUCGGAAAUUGUCACUGGACAGAAAGCGCUCGAAAACAGUUGGGAUGAAUUGAGCAAAGCAGCUGCGGCGCUGAAAAAGCAAAAUGAAUUCGCAAAACAGCUCCGAACGACAGAUUUGGAUAAAUGGCUAAAACAGAGAGAACGGAUGAUGUCCGCCAUUGGUACUGUAAUCCUUGAUCCCAAAGUUAUCGAUAAUCAAAUUAUACAACUAGAGUUGCUUCAAAACGAGCUUGAGGAACAGAGUGGAACACGGAAUAAGAUCAACGAAUUGGCGCAUGAUUUGGUGACCGGAAGUGCCACUGCAGCAGAUGCGCCACAGAUUGUGGAACAGAUGGAUGCAUUGAAUAGACGAUGGAUUUCAUUCCAAGAACAAUUGGCGGAAAAGAAAACAAACUUGCAAAAUGUGAAAGCAGUGGCAUUCGAUUUUUCCACCAAACAGAGAGAUGUGAAGAUGCAGCUGCUUGCCCUUGCCGAAGAAAUCGAGCAUCUAAGCCAAUCACCACUGACAACCAAAAGUGAUGUGGCUGAGCAACUCGAAAAAUUGGACAAAUUGGGUGUGCAUACGAGCGAAGUCGACGCACAAAUGGUCGAACUAAAGCAAAUGGCAAAUGUUAUCUGUGAAUUUGUGCACGAUCACGCUUUGCAAGCCGAUAUUCGCGACCGGUUUAAUGCAACACUGCAAAUCGCACUGGAGCUGAACAAAAAAAUAGAAAGCAUGAAGGCAGCAGCAGCAAGUGUGAAAGAUGAAGAAGGACAAACGGUGAAGGAAGCUGAGGCGGCAGUAAUUUGGAUCAGAGAUAUGCAUGAACAGCUUUUGGACCUCGGACAGCUGUCGGCUGUCUCCUCGGAAUUGAAGGAACAGAAAAAAGCUAUCGAAACAAUUUACAGUGCUGUAUUAAAUAAAGAAGGUGAUAUUACACUGCUCAGGGCUAAGUUGAUGAAUCAAAUCAGAACGACCCCGAACCCGGAACAGAAAGCAAUGCUGGAUGCUCUUUCGGCCGUAUGGAAUCCACUGCUAGAGGAAAGCAAAGCAAAACGGGCGUCAGCUGAGCGAGCUUUUGAUUAUGUUGCUCAACUGGAAAAUGCACUGAAGUCAUUUGCGGCACAGGUAGAUGAGGACCGCUCACGGCUGCGCGAUAUUCUUGAAAAUAAGGGCAGCGAUGUGUCUGCGUUGAGCGAAAUGGAGCAUAAAUUGAGCAAGCAGGAAGCGGAGCUCACUGCAAUGGAAACACUUCUGCACAAACUUGAAGCACUAACAGCUGGCCCAUCAUUCAAAAAAAUCACCAAAGAAAUAGAGAAUGCAGCUGCAGAUUUGUUGCAACUACAGAAAGAUGUUCGAAAUAUUGCUCUUGCCGCACAGAUGUCGAAGGAUGUACAAAAUCGAUUUGCGAGAUGCAAAGAGGAAGCACGUGGCUUGUUGACAUUAACUGGUUUCGAAAACAGCUGGCAGAAGAAGGAACGCGAGCUACAGGCAACUCUGAAAGAAGUUCAAGGAACUGUUGGCCGUGAAGAGUGGCGAAAUUGCGAUGAGGAGGUACGGCAGAUUGGUGCCGAUUAUGCUGAGGUGAUCGCAAGCGUCAAUUUGCUGCAUAGUGAAAUGAAAAAGAAAGAUGAAUUGCUGGAUGCCGUAAAACAGAAAGUUGUUGAGCUCGGUUUCGAAAUUCGCAAAGUAGCUGGUGAUGAAUUUGCACCGAUCGCACGCAAUUCUCCGGAGCUGGAGGAGCAGAAUCGGGACUGUGAUGCGCUGCUGGCAAAGAUUGAUGAAAAGGAGAAAGCACUGGAUGAGCUCACAACUGAAUGGCAACAGGCCACGCAAACUGGCAUCGUUGGAUUGACGCAGAAAAAUGCAUUAAUACAACAGUUCACCGAACUCAAAGGUGAUAUCAGUAAACGACGUGCUGCUGUAACACAACGUAAGCGACUGAUUGUCAACACACAGCUUGCACUGCAGGAAUUUAUCAGGUUAGUUCGUUUUACAGAUCUAUUUUUUUUCCCUUUGAAAACUUACAGAGAUCCGUGCUAUGGAUUUCGCUUAAUUUUGCAUAAAAAGUGA